GUUGUAUACGUCGUCGUCUGUGCACCACAUAUUUAACUAAUUAUACUUCAUUGCUCUCUUUUUCAUUAACUUUGUAGAUCGUCUACAGGUAGUUUGGCAUAAAAAAAUACAUGGCAAGUCGGACCUAAUUGUCCAUACUCUUUGUAAAUCUGAACAGAAUGAAAGUAAAACUCCUAGCACAGUUCAUAAUUCUUCUACUAUGCCUGGUUGUUUCAUGCGAAUGGUUCGUGUAUUACGUGGUACAACUUCAGUGCGAUUGGCCCACUAUAAACUCCACUCUAUCAGUUCAGCACAAUAACGAGAAGGCUUUACGCACGAUGGUUUUUGCAGACACGCACUUGUUGGGUUCGCGUAGAGGCCAUUGGUUUGAUAAACUGAGACGAGAAUGGCAAAUGUAUAGGGCUUUUCAAACGGCGUUAACCUUGCAUCGUCCCGACGUUGUGUUUUUGUUAGGUGACAUUACAGAUGAAGGUGAUUAUUGCAGUGACGACGAGUUUCGGUACUACGUCAAACGAUUCGACAGUCUCUUCGCGACACCGUUCGAUGUUAAGAUAUUCGUCGUCGCCGGUAAUCAUGAUAUGGGGUUUCAUUAUCGAAUUACGCCGUAUCUUAAUAAGCGUUUCAUAUCUGGGUUUAACGCUUCCGCCGUGCAGUUUGUGACAUUGGGAGGCAAUCACUUCGUUCUAAUCAACAGUAUGGCUUUGGAGAGGGACGGCUGCUUUCUGUGUAAAUCUGCCGAGCUGCAACUCGCGCAAAUUGAAAAGAAAUUGAACUGCCUUAAAAGCGAAGGAAACUGCCAAAGGGAUAAUUUAACCUACAGCCGACCAAUUCUCAUGCAGCACUUUCCGCUUUACAGAGAGACGGACGAGGUUUGUAAUGAGCCGGAUGAGGCGCCGUUUCCCUUGAAAAGUAAAAAGUAUAGGGAAGGAUGGGACUGCCUUACAACGGGUUCCACGUAUCAGUUACUGAAGCAAAUCGAUCCUAGAGUCGUGAUAUCUGGUCAUACGCAUUACGGUUGCACGAGAAACUUGAGCAAUGGUAGAGGGGUCGAAUUUACGCUUGCCAGUUUUAGUUGGAGAAAUACUAAUACUCCCAGCUACGGAUUGUUUGUAUUUGAAGCGAAUAAUUACGCUUUUUCAAAGUGCUUAAUGCCACGUGAGACAACUGUGAUUAUGUGUUACAUUUUGGGAAGUGUAAGUUUAUUGAUUUGGCUUGUAUAUGCAAUUUAUUGUUCUUAUAGAAAACGCAAAUUUAAGUACCAAUAAUUUGUAUUUGAUGUAAUUAUAAAAGUGAUAUGUAGGUACUUGACAGAGAUUUUAUGACAAUAUAUGUAAAAGUAAACAAUAAUUACUUCAUUUGUA